AUGAUUAAGUUAAUCGAAGAGUUCAAUAAGCUCAAACAAACUCCUAUACAAGGAAUCGAAGUUAGCAUAGGACAAGAUUUUUUCCAUUGGAAUGGAUUGCUGAUCGGCCCUCCAGGAACUCCUUUUGAAGGUGGAAAAUUUCGCUUCGAGCUAAUUUUCCCAUCUAAUUUCCCAGCUUCUCCUCCCGAAUUUUUCUUCAAAACAAGAAUUUUCCACCCAAAUGUGGACUCUGAAGGGAAAGCAUGCAUACAAGUUCUCAGCCUUACUUGGAGGCCAAAUAUAUCAAUAAGCUGCGUCUUGAAUUCUAUAUGCGUUUUGCUAACUACCCCCCAUCGUGAGCAAGCAAACCAUUGGAAAAAUCCCUACAUUUUGACCAAAACUUACCCUCCAUUUUUAUAUUAUGGAAAAAUAUUUUGGUAUAUAAACGAUAAAGCUAAUUCUGUUGAAUAAACAAUUUUGCAUUUUAAAGAAUAAAAUUUAAAAAUUAAAUUAAUUUUUGAUUUCCCAAUUGGGACUAUUUUAAAUUUCGAAAACAAUUUUAUUAUAACAUUUACAAAUAAAUUUUAAAAGAAAAUCUCUUUUAGAGAACUUUUUUUUACAGGGGGAGUAAGAGAGCCCUACCCUGAUGCAGGGUAUUUUAACGACGCAUCCACUGUUCUUAGAGCUGAUAGAUUAACUUAUGAAAGAGUUGCAAGACAAUAUACAGCUAAUUUUGCAAAAUAA